AUGAGAGCCCCCAAUGAGACAGAACAUGUCGUUCAGGAAUUCCUUCUGGCGGGCAUCCCGGGCCUGCAGGCUCACCAGAAUCUGCUCUUCAUCGCCUUCCUGUUGGUUUAUUUGGGUGUGAUGGUUGGCAACCUCCUGAUCCUAUAUUUGGUAUUUCUGGACCGAAGGCUGCACACUCCAAUGUACUUUUUUCUUUGUAAUCUGGCCUUUCUAGAUAUUCUCAUCACAACUACAAUCUUUCCGAAAAUGUUUGCCGUCAUUCUCCUCGAAGACAGAAUCAUUUCCUUUUAUGGGUGUUUCUUGCAGAUGUAUUUGAUUCUUGCUGUCGGUAGCACAGAAAAUUUAAUUCUCAUAGUCAUGGCUUAUGAUCGAUACGUUGCAAUCAUGAAGCCGCUCCACUACCACCUCAUCAUCAACGGUAAACUCUGUGUGUUUCUGACAGUUGGGGCCUGGGUGCUGGGCUACUUGGCCCCAUUUGUUCCUUUAGUCGAUGCCAUCUUGUUGUCCUAUUGUGGUCCAAACAAUAUAGAGUAUUGCUAUUGUGAUUACCCAACUGUGGUGUCCCUGGCAUGUGCUGAUGUAACCAACAUUAUAAAUACGGCUUUUAUUUUUGCCAUGAGCGUUAUUAAUAUUCCGCUGGUGCUCAUAAUUGUCUCCUAUUUAAAAAUAAUUCUCAAUGUUUAUUUUAUGAACCCAGAGGACUGCAGGAAAGCUUUUUCAACGUGUUCCACUCACUUGAUUGUUGUGCUGACUUACUAUUUUUCCCUUGACUUGCUUUAUAUAACCUUCAUGAUUGGCAACAUUUCAGCCGAUAACCGUAUCAUCAUUGGAGUUAUUAUUUACCUGCUGACGCCGCUGCUGAACCCCAUCAUUUACAGUCUGAGGAAUAAGCAAAUAAAGCAGGCUGCUAAGAAAUACCUUGACCUCUCUUUGAGAACAAACAUAUUUGCCAUUAACUCUUUUAGGGCGGAUGUCGACUAA